AUGGCUCUCACUCGUGGCGUAAUGGGGAUCGUAUCCUUAAUUCUACUCGGUGCUUCGAUCAUGUUCAUGUUCUUCGUAAUACUUGGUGGUGUAACGCAUACGAGUCCCCUCAACAAGACACAGUUCCUUACGGCCGAUACUUCAAGUAUUUCAGGAGCAAGACCAGUGUCACAAUGGAAUUAUUUCUAUGUUUGUGGAGCCGGCAAUAACGAUUGCGGAAAAGCAGUACCAGAUAUUCCAUUUGGUUACGCAUGGGUUGGAGGUGGUGAUGGUGCUCCUUCGAGCCUUAUUGGCAAAUAUGGCAAAAAUACGACCGCCUACUCCUAUUAUUACAUGUGGAGGUUCGGAUGGGUCUUUUAUCUCUUGGGUCUUUUAUUUACCGUAGGCGCGUUCAUGGUGGCAAUGUUAGGUGUCUGCAGUCGUCUUGGAUCGGUCGUGGGGUCUCUUACGACAAUGAGUGCUCUAUUUUUCUUCACCCUUGGGGCUUCAUUGAUGACUGCCGAAUUUGUGAAAGCUCGCAAUCAGUUCCGCAGCGCUGGAAUGAGUGCCAGCAUAGGCAGAUACGCCUUCGGCUUCACAUGGGCAGCAUGGGCCUGUCUGUUCCUAGCCUCGAUCUUCCUUUGCAUUGGAGGAAUGACCGGUGAAAGCCGUCGAAACCGCCGGAGAGAAAGUAAAGUAACUGAUGCCCAUCAUGUUCCCGUCGCAACCACUGCUGCAGGUACUGCUGGUACUGGUGGUGGUAUGUUUGGAUUCUACCGCAACCAACGACAGAAGCGUGCCACUCGUGCCGGCCGUAGCUCUUUCGACCGAAACGAGAGUCAACGUCGGGUUAAGGAUGACUAUGCUUAA